AUAAAAGUCUGAGUAAUGCAGAUUCACUGUGCAGUCAAUCCAGCUACAUUCCCACUCAUAGAGCUGCCUGUCUCUCCAGUGAUGGCUUCCUCUGGUUUUGACCCUUACUUUCCUUCUACUUACAAGAGGAGGGUAGUUGUGCGCAGUGCAGGCUAUGGAGCUGGAGGAGGAAUAGGGUCUAGGUCUGCCUACUCCACUCACUCUGCCCCAGUGGCUUCCUAUGCAUCUUCACGCAGAACCUAUCCAACAUACACCCGAGCUACUUCCAGCUACUCCACCUUACUUUCUGCUCCAGUGUCUGCAGCUGCCACUGAGCUACGCCUUGACCAAGCAGCCCAAGUCAGUUCUGAGUUCAAAGCAAUAAGGACCCAGGAGAAAGCCGAGCUGCAAGACCUGAAUGACCGCUUUGCGAGCUUCAUCGACAGGGUCCAUGAAUUGGAGCAGCAGAACAAGUUGCUGGAGACGGAGCUCCUGCUGCUCAGGCAGAGGCAGGUGCAGCCAUCUAACCUUCGGGCCCUAUAUGAGCAUGAGAUCCGCCAAAUGCGUGCUGCUGUAGAGGAGGCCCGCCACGAGAAGCAAGCAGCCCAGGACCACAAAGAUGAGUUGGAGAACGUGUUGGGUAGUCUGCAGAAACGCUACGAGGACGAAGUGAUUGGCAGAGAGGAAGCAGAGGGCAGGCUCAUGGAUGCCAGGAAGGGAGCAGAUGAAGCCGCACUGGCCCGGUCUGAACUCGAGAAAAGAGUCGCAACGCUGCUGGAUGAGCUGGCCUUCCUGAAGCGCCUCUGUGAAAGCGAGAUCGCAGAGCUGCAGGCCCAAAUCCAGUACAGCACAGAGGUGUCAGUGGAGAUGGAGGUAGCCAAACCGGACCUGUCUGCCGCUCUUCGCGACAUUCGAGUGCAGUAUGAGAAGCUGGCCCAGCGCAACCUACAAUCGGCCGAAGAGUGGUUCUGCAACAAGAUGAAUGUGAUGACGGUGGGCACAGCACGCAACACAGAGAGCGCGCGCAAUGCCAAAGAUGAAGCCGGAGACUAUCGACGACUGCUCAGCGCUAGAACGCUGGAGAUUGAAGCCUGCCGUGAGAUGAACCAAGCUCUGGAAAACCAACUGCAGGACGUGGAGGAGAAACAGAGUGCUGAGAUCUCUGCACUGCAGGAUACAAUCAGUCAAUUGGAGGAAGAGCUGAGAGCAAACAAGAAUGACAUGGCUCGCUACUUGAAAGAUUAUCAGGACCUGUUGAAUGUGAAAAUGGCAUUAGAUAUCGAAAUAGCUGCAUACAGGAAGCUGCUCGAAGGAGAAGAGAAUCGACUAAAUGUGGCAGGACCGGAGUCUUUCUCUCUUUACUCCCAAGCCAUGUAUGCUGCACCAUCCUAUGGCAGAACAUACUCUAUGCAGUCUCAGCUGAGAUCUGCAGCCCCCUACCUGCUGAGCACCCGCUUGUAUACAUCGCUCUCCACAGAGGAGACAAUAUCCGCAAGCCAAGCACAGCAGGCGGAGGCCAGCCCUGCUCAAGAGGAGGAGGAGGAGGAGGAGGAGGAAAAGCAGGUGGAGGAGGAAGAGAAGGGGGAAGAACAGGAGGAGCCUGGAGAUGAGGAGGAGGCAGAGGAAGAGCAGGGAGAAGAGGAAGAGGAGGCGGUAGAAGAGGAGGAGGAAACGCAAGAAGAGGAGGAAGCACAAGAGGGUGAGGCGGAGGACGGACAAAAAGAAGAUGGCGGGGAAGAAGGAGAGGAGGACGCUGAACAGAAAGAUGAAGAGGCGGAUGAAGAGGGUGAGAAGCAGGAAGAAGACGCUGAAAAGGAAGAAGAGGUGGAAACUGACGUGAAAAAUGGAAAAGCAACAGAUGCAAAAGUUUAAAUUUCAGUGCUUUAAAAAAUAGCUGCAAGCAUUUAGCUGAAGAAUGUACAAAAUUCUCUGGUGCUCUACAUACACAAGUGUUGCAUUCAAAACCAAAUGAAAAUCUCUUGAAAUGAGAAGUGUGGGAGAACUUAAGCUCUGUAUGAUCACUGCUGGGUGACUCAUAGCAUGUAUGCAUAUGUGCACACUGUAACAGCAAAAAAAAAUUAAGCAAUGUGUAAACCUAACGAUUAAGGAAGGAUGUGUCAGGUGUAGAAAUACUGCUUUGUUUCCUGGGACUUGACUGUCACCAAAAUAUGCCUGUACAACUGUUCAUUUGUGCAAUACUCCGUUUGAAAUGCCUUAGUCCAAUAUGAGUGCUUUAAGCCUAUGAUGUGCUGCAUUAAACUCCAAUAAAGCCUUGAAGCCAUGUCAACCCAGA